AUGAACUCCGAGAAGCAACCCCAAGAGCAAUACCAAGGCCAACCCCAGGGCCAGCCGUAUAUCACGAACCAGCCGAUGGGCAUGUCGGGCAUGUCGGUUGACACCUUGAACCCUCUUGGCCUCGCGCGCAACCCGGAGGGUAAGCGAAGCUUCAACACGACUUGCUGUGGCACGAUGAGCAAGUCCCCUGGCUUCUGCAUUGCCGCGGCGUGCGCGUAAGUCCUACCCUGUGUUCUGCUCAACCUCUCAUGGUGUGGUUUCUCCCCUUCCGUGGGGAGCAUCCUGGCAGUGGAUCGUCGUGACUGGUGUGGGGGCGCUUCCGAGACUGACCUGCUGGCUGUUCCCGGACCCUGAACCUUCCCUCGGCGCGCGACGACCCGUAAAUCAACCUACGCAUCGCCCAAUCGCCCCACCGCAACACAGACCUUGCCUGACUUUUGGUACCAACAAGACCAAAUACUCGGCCCUCAAGGCGAACCAAGUCUCGACCGACGAUGGUCAGUCAAGGUUCUUCUUUCCUGUGGACUUGUGGGCGGUGGCACCCGCCGGGCAGCCCGCCGGCCUUGGGCCUCUCCUGCCUCUCGGCUCGCGCGCGCGGGGGUGGGGGGGGGGGGGGGGGGGGGGGCGUGAUUUGUUGCCCGAUCAAGCCAGACGCGCGCAUCAACCGCUUGGAAGUAUGUUGAGGACGACUUGCUGACCGACCAAAACUUUUGAUCUCGUUUACUUCCCUCCCACCCAGGCUACGUCGGAGGCAACUGCUGCGCCUUCUACCUGAUGCAGUGCAUUGGGCUCGGCUGCAUCCUCGAUCUGAUGCUCCGCAGCGACAUGCGUGAACGCGCCGGGAUCGAAGGCAGUGGUUGCGGUGAUUGCAUGAUGUCGUGCUUCUGCUCGCCGUGCUCGCAGACGCAGCAGCACCUCGAGAUCGUCGAGGAGGAGAGGGUCCGCAUAGCCCAGCUCCCCGCCGGUGUGCUCAGGCAGUGA